UGGAGGAUCUGUGCAGCUCUGCGGAGGAUCGGGAUGCUCUCCAUGUCCUCCUCCUCCUGCUGCUGCUCCUCUUCCUCCUCCUCCUCGCAGACUCAGACCAUUCAACACCCUGGAUCCUCUCCCGUCCUCAGACCCGGACCCGCGUCCUUAACCCGGGAUUUAAACCUGGACUGCAGCCUGUGAGGGGCAGAUCAGGGUGCGAGGCGGGGGAGCUGGGGGAGCUUCUUGGACGUGGAUCCAGCGCGCGUGCGUCUGACCACGAGUUCGUGUUUGUUUAUAAAAUAACGCGAAACAAAAAGCGUGUUUCUCCUUUUAAGAUGACGGAUCCGUUGUCUUUUUUCCGACUCCUUAUUAAAAGAUUCACGCGGAGACCCUGAACGCGGCACCGGCAGCGCGCGUACACCUCCGGUUUAUGUUUCAGUCUUUUGUACCUGCGCGCUCACCUGUGUGGACGCAUGUCUCAGAUCCAGCACGCGGCUCUGGACCAGCAGGGCCGGUACAACCAGAUCUGCACCCGUGGCGGCAGCUGCCCGCCCCCCGCAGACGGUUCCGAGCCGGCCCACUGCCCCGGUCACAGGAGCCGGAGUCCCCGCAAGAAGUGGCAGGUGUUCCCAGGCAGGAACAGGUUCUACUGCGACGGCAGGAUCAUGAUGGCCCGGCAGACCGGGGUCUUCUACCUGACCCUGGUCCUCAUCCUGCUCACCUGCGGCCUCUUCUUUACCUUUGACUGUCCUUUCCUGGCGUCCAACCUGACCCCGGCCAUCCCGGCGGUCGGCGGCGUUCUCUUCAUCUUCGUGAUGGGGAUGCUGUUCAGGGCAAGUUUCAGCGACCCCGGCAUUUUACCCCGAGCGACACCAGACGAGGCCGCCGACCUUGAGCGACAGAUUGACUCUGCAGGAUGCUCCAGGCCGCCUCCUCGGACCCGAGAGGUUCUCAUCAACGGGCAGGCGGUCAAGCUGAAAUACUGCUUCACCUGCAAGAUCUUCAGGCCGCCCCGAGCAUCGCACUGCAGCCUGUGCGACAACUGUGUGGAGCGCUUCGACCAUCACUGUCCGUGGGUGGGGAACUGCGUCGGGCGGAGGAAUUAUCGCUUUUUCUACCUGUUUAUCCUCUCCCUGUCCCUCCUCACUGUCUUCAUCUUCGCCUUCGUCAUCACACACGUCAUCCUCAGAUCGAACCAGACGGGUUUCCUGGGCGCGCUCAAAGACAGCCCAGCCAGCGUCCUGGAGGUGGUGGUGUGUUUCUUCUCCAUUUGGUCCAUUGUCGGCCUGUCAGGCUUCCACACCUACCUGAUCAGCUCCAACCAGACCACCAACGAGGACAUUAAAGGGUCCUGGUCCACCAAACGAGGGAAGGAUAACUACAACCCGUACAGCUACGGGAACAUCCUGACCAACUGCUGUGCUGCCCUCUGUGGACCUCUACCUCCCAGUCUGAUUGACAGGAGAGGUCUGAUCCAGUCCGGCACGCCGCAGACCGUCUCCCAGUCCAAUGGCACCAGCAACAGCAGCUAUGCCUCCACUCAGCUCCACAGCAACAUGUGUGAUCAGGAUCAGUGCAUCCAGAGCACUAAGUUUGUGCUGCAGGCUGCCACCACGCCUCUGCUGCACAGCGACCCCGUCGUGCUGGCCCCGCUGCCAGGUAAGACCACCACUCUGGGGGGCCCCUGCGCCUACCUGGCCCCUGCCCAGCCGUCCCUGCCAUCCUGCGGAGGCGAUGUCCUGACGCUGAGGGACGCCGCUGUCGACUCCCGCUGUCACCACCACCUGCACCUCCAUCACCACCAUCACCACCACCACUUUGUGAGUCCGGAGGAGACGCCAUGUGCCACGCCACAGGGUGCCCUGCCCUGCCCCGCCCACCUGCACCUCCACCACCAACCCCACCCUGCCAUCCCCUCCCCCGUUGCCCUGUACGACCCUGCCAGUCAGGACGCUCUACACGAGGACUCGGUCAGGGGGCUAGUGAAGCUCAGCUCCGUCUGAAUGUGACGUCCGUUGGACAGAUUUUUACUGUCUAUGGUAAAAAAACUUAACAAAUAAAACAAACUGUUUCCAAAUCGUGAUGAUAAAAACGAACACACCUCAGUAAAACAUCUGAUCACAAACUCAGCUGAUGGGCUGGUGUCUCGGGUGAAGAUUGUCCUCAGAGUGAAGACUUGUCUCCAGACGCCAGAGAAACGCUGACACUUUCUCCCUUUUAGACUUUUUGUCUUUGACGCUUCUCGAUUUCACAUUUUUUGUGACUUUGUUUGGCAGCUUUUAGAAAGUCCACCUGUUCUGCCCCGUUUGUCCUGUAUUAAAUAUUACUUUAGUAAACUCAA